AGUGGGAGUUGCUCGAUGUCUGACAGGAGCCCCAGGGGGAGCGGCGAGGAGCCGCCACAGAGGCGGAGAGAGAGCCGGAGGCCGCAGGAGUUUGACAGUUCGGUAUAAUUCUCCGCUGCCAUGGCUUCGCCGCUUGCUGUGAGGUUCCGGGUGUUCACACUAAAUUGCUGGGGCAUCCGUUACCUCAGCAAGUGCUGCCGGGAGAGGUAUGAAAUGAUCGCUAAGCUGCUGUGUGAUGAGACGUACGAUGUGGUUCUGCUGCAGGAGGUGUGGAGUGAGCAGGAUUACCAUUUCCUGAAAAACGAGAUGAUAAACACGUACUCCUCUUCACAGUACUUCAGAAGCGGAGCAAUAGGAAGCGGACUGUGCAUCUUCUCCAGAUAUAAAAUAAUUGACUCCUUCCUCUACCGUUACUCACUGAAUGGCUACCCAUACAAGGUCCAGCAUGGCGAUUGGUUUGGUGGGAAGUCUGUGGCUUUGGUUAUUGUGAACAUACAAGGCAUCAUGGCCCAUGUUUACCUUACACAUCUCCACGCGGAAUACUGCAGGGAAAAUGAUGAUUACCUUCCUCACCGUCUACUGCAGGCCUGGGAGCUCGCACAGUUCAUCCGGCACACCAGUAAAACAGCGGACUUGGUGAUUCUAGGCGGGGACCUGAACAUGCACCCUGCCGACCUGGGCAACCGGCUGCUACAGAUCUCCACCGGCCUCAAAGACUCCUUCUUAGAGGCGGAAAAAUUUGAGGGCUCAGAAGGUGGAUGCACUCUACUCUCUCAGAACUGCUUUGCCUCGACCAGUGACCUACAAUCGUUCCCUUUGGGCAUUCGAAUCGACUACAUUCUUUACAAGGCAUCCGAGGGCUUCCGGGUGAGGUGUGAGCAUCUAACAACCACGAGUGGCACAGCGCCUGGUAAAAGUAUUCCCUACUCUGACCACGAGGCAGUGUGUGCCACGCUGCAAAUCCAGAGGGAGGAGGGUGUUGCUGGCAGCAAGAGGCACGUAGAAGAGCCUGAUCCUCUGCUUGUCGAUGUGCUGAACGAAGCUCGCACGGAGGUGAAAGUCGGCAUCCACGCGGCGGAGAGGGUGCGCUAUUCCUCCGGGAGAAUGACCAUCCUGGGGUUUAUCCUGCUGCUACUAGAGGUCGCCAUCGCGGUCAUCCCGUUCGCCUCCGCCAUGGCUGAGCACUCCUUCCCUAAGGUGUCCUUCUACUUCUUGGGCUUUGUGGCCUUCGGUGUGGUACUGAUCGCUGGGAUCCUGUACGUAUUCCACACAAUCGAAGUGAAGAUACUGCAGGGGACAGAGGACCAAAUGAGGAACGCCAUCCAAGCUUUACAGGAAAGACUGGAAUGUUGACGACAGUCAAAGCCUCACGACAGAGCCCAGAGCAGCCAGCUCUAAUCUCCUGCCCAGUGCACAGUCUAUAGUGAGUGCCUGGGGCUCCGAACAUCACUUCUAGCUAAUCACAAUCAUGCAUGUUAAUCAUCGCACUUUGUCUCUUUAAGUGGCAACUGAGUUACCAUGGAGACAGCGAGCCGAGGUUUGGGUCACUCCAUUAAUGAUUUUUCCCUCCUUCAGGUUCUGAGAGCACAAUCAGGUCUUUUCCUUUUGGUUUAUAUCGUUCUCUUCUCAGCCCUCCCCCACCCCCCUAUAAGCCCUCUUAUGUUCCUCCAUUUCCUUCCUCAUGGGCCUCCUGCGGGCUUCAGAUAUUUAUUAUUGAAGAAGAGUCAAAACCUUGCAUUUAUAUGGCGUCCCUCACGCAGGGUAGGGUCCGAGAGUCACAGUUGACACACCAAGGUUACCAGUGCAGGAGACCCAAACGGCUCUUCAGAGCUGUGGCAGGGGGUCCUGACUUGGAGGGCAGGGAAUGGGUGGAUUUUAACAUAUUCUUAACCAGACUAAGAUUGAAAUCCCCCAAUGCCGGGCUUGAUCCCACGGUUAUCUGGCUCAGAGGGAGCAAUGCUCAACGCGCAUCAUGUUUGUGUUGUUGCAUCCCUGUUAUUCUAAAUUCCCUUUUAUUAUUAAUCCCACUUUCCACUUCUCUUCCCCAGAACCCUGAAUCUUUUUUUCCAAGAUUCUAAGACAUAAACUUUUAGCUUUAAGCCUUAGUAUCCAACCUUGCUUUGAAUUCUCUCCAAGUGCGUCAGCCCUUUGGAAGGCAAGUCAGCGUGUGACCCAAACCCCACUCGAGAUUGCCAAUGUAGCAUUGCUAACGUGUGCUCAAACUAACAGCUUUUGACUUGUCAUCAAAAGCUUGACUCCAGAUACCCAUUUUAGCCUGUUGAUAUUCAGGCUUUGUAUUGACUGAGCCACCGUGGCUGCUAUUCUUUUUUUCCUGUUCUGCUUACAGUGCAGAGUAUUGAGUCAAAAGACGGCAGGGGGCGGGAAGUCGAUAGAGAGAUAGAUAGAGAAAUAGAUAGAUAAAUCAUGGGAAACGAUGAGGUAAAGAACCAGAGACUAAUUUAGUUCUAAGCUUUGAAAAAUCGGAUCUAAAUGCAAUUUGAAAACUAAUUUAUUGGAGAAAGAAUGACUAAACAAUUAAUGCAGGCUCUAUUGAAACAGCGAAUCAGGUUUUUGGGAAAAUACUCUACUUUUUUGACUUCAGUGGAUGUGUCUACAAUCAAUUGUUUAUGCUGAACAGUCAAUGUCUGUCAGUCAA